AAUAACAAUGCUAAAAUAAAGUUAAAACCUAGCUUUAUAUGUUCAUCAACUUAAUUUAAGUGUUAAAGUAGUUCUAAAGUGUCCUUUAAGUCGCCAAAAAAUAAAAUACAAACAGGAGUCUCAAGGCACGCAACUAAAAAGAGGUCGUCUUCGCUGUUCUUGUUAUUGUCAUAAUCGCCUGCUGCUGUUGUUAUUUUUUUUGUCAAUAAAUUGAAAUACAAGCACACACAUUGGACAUUUCGCAUGCACGCCUAAUGUACGUUCUGAUUGCUGCAUUUGCCCUGCUGCAUACGAACUAGAAUACGAAAAUACAUUCGCCAGCGCGAAGAAGCAGAAGUGGAAGACACUAAGCUGCACAACGCCAACAACAACAACAACAACAGCAGCAGCAGCAGCGCAGUCUGGAGCAUCAUGCAGCAUCAUGUGCAUGCAGCGAGAGCAGCGCCACAUUUGCGCGCCGCACAUCAUCACGGUCACAUUGCACUGCCACCGCAUCCCGGCAUGGAGCCACAUCUGGGCACACUGGCGGCAGCGGCGUCCCUAGCCACACAGCAACAGCAACAGGCGCCGCCGCCACCGCAACGUGAUCACGGACGUGGCUCUUUGUUCUUUAGCGCUCAGCAUGACUUCCGCUCGAUAACGGGUUUGCAGCAACAACAACAACAACAGCAGCAGAAGCGGCUGCAAUUAUCCUUGACGUUCAUGCAAAAGAUACGACAGCAACAUCAGCAUCUCAACAGCAACAGCAAUGGCCAUUUAACAAAAUGUAAUCAAGCGCCGCCACCACCACCGCAGGCCUACAAUCAUCUGGCUGGGAAUCCGGCAGCGCUUAGUUACGGCCAGCUGCCACAUCAUAUGACGCAUUUGGGCAGCUAUGCGGCACAGCCGCCGCCGCCAGCGGUGUUAAGCGGCGGCAAGCAGCAGCAUUACUAUCUGGGCAGUGGCAAGCCUUCCAAGUACAACAACAACAACAAUAGCGGAAGCAGCGGCAGCUAUGCGCACGCAUCCAAGACCAUUCUGCAGAACACCUACCGUCACGCCAAGAGCAAUGGCCAAUUGCCUGUCGCAGCUACGGAGGCGCCUGUAGUUGCCGGAGCGACAUCAGCAACAGCAGCUGCCGCAGCGGAACAUGCUCUGCCCAGCACAUUGCGCAUUUUGGGCAACUGCCGGAGCAGCAAUGGCGAUAGCAUAGUCAUUGCCAGCGAUGAAGUGUCUGAGCUGCCGCCAGCCGAGUCGCCUGAUAACUGUGAGCCAGUGAAAGAGGCGACAUUGACGCAGGACGAGGACUGCACAAGCAGCGCGGAGCAAUUGGAUGCCGCCGGCACGCUGUCCAAUGAAGAUGGCAGCGUGGCGCGCGGCUCCAAAGACAAGACGCCCAUGUGUCUGGUCAACGAGUUGGCCAGGUACAAUAAGAUCACACAUCAAUAUCGCUUGACGGGCGAGCGUGGUCCGGCGCAUUGCAAGACCUUUACUGUUACUUUGAAGCUGGGCGAGGAGGAGUAUUCAGCAGAUGGUUUCAAAAUCAAGAAGGCGCAACAUUUGGCCGCCUCGAAGGCCAUCGAAGAGACCAAAUACAAGCAUCCGCCGCCAAAGAUACGCCGCAACGAUGAGGGCAGCGCAACGCGCACACACAUCACGCCCACCGUUGAGCUAAAUGCGCUGGCCAUGAAGCUGGGCCAGCGUACCUACUACCUGCUGGAUCCAACACAGAUACCGCCCGCAGAUCCCAUGCUGCCGCCUGAAUAUGCUACAUCGUUGCUGCCUACACCAGCGGCUGGUUUGCCGCCUCCACCGCCGCCGCCUUAUGCGUUGCGCCGCAAUGCCAAUGGUGGUUAUGUGCUGCCGCCUCCGGCCAUGCAUCCGCAUCAUCAUGUGGCGAUACAGACACAGCGCGGCAUCUAUGGCCAUCAGCGACCGUUUGCGCCCAAAUAUCAAUCUCGGUAUGCACUGGCGCCAGCGCUGGGACCACAUAUGCUGGCCGGUCCGCAUGGACCCUAUGCGGCCGCACUGCCCGUAACACCCAGCAAGAUAACCUUGUUUGUGGGCAAGCAAAAGUUCGUGGGCGUUGGACGCACACUGCAGCAGGCAAAGCACGAUGCGGCGGCGCGUGCGCUGCAGGUGCUCAAGACGCAGUCGAAUAGCUCAGCUGACGAGGCGCUGGACGACUCUAUGGAUGAGGGCGACAAGAAGUCGCCCAUAUCGCAGGUGCAUGAGAUUGGCAUCAAGCGCAACAUGACGGUGCAUUUCAAGGUGCUGCGCGAGGAGGGACCAGCGCACAUGAAGAACUUCAUUACCGCGUGCAUUGUCGGUUCGAUUGUGACCGAGGGCGAGGGCAAUGGAAAGAAGCUGUCCAAGAAACGUGCUGCCGAAAAGAUGCUCACCGAGCUGCAGAAAUUGCCGCCUCUCACGCCGACCAAACAGACACCCAUGAAGCGCAUCAAAGUGAAGACGCCCGGCAAAGGUGGUGCAGCGGCAGCUGUCACAGGCAUGGCAGCUGCCGCCACCGUCACGCCGCUGGGCAAACCGGAGCGACGCAAGCGUCUCAGUGCGCCUUUGAAGGAGAAGCCCAUUGUGGAGCUGGAUGAUGCCGAGAAUCCCAUCACGAAACUCAUUCAAUUGCAGCAAACGCGCAAGGAAAAGGAGCCCAUCUUCGAGCUAAUUGCCAAGAACGGCAACGAGACGUCCAGGCGGCGUGAGUUCGUCAUGGAGGUAUCCGCCAGCGGCAGCAUAGCGCGCGGCACUGGUAACAGUAAAAAGCUGGCCAAACGCAAUGCAGCACAGGCUUUGCUCGAACUGCUGGAAACAACGGAGCAAAACGGCGGCGACUCGGAACACGCUUUGGGACAUAAUUUGCCUGCUGCUGCAGCUGUGUCUGUAGGCGGGAUAACUAUAGAGUCAACUGGCGGACUCGAUGUGCCCAUGGUCUCGACGCCUGCGGGUCCUGUGCCCGGUAUUUUAAUACUACGUCAAAAUAAAAAGCCAGCGAAGAAAAAGGAUGCGGUGGUUGGGGUCAAAGCCAAUGUGGAGCCAGCUAAGGAAAAGGAAGCCAAAAAAGAAGCUAUAAUCACAGCAACAGCAACAGAGGGAAAAAGUAGCCACAACAGCAGCAGCAACAACGAGUCCAAUGCUCAUGAGGCGGCUAACGAGAGCAGCCUAAACACCUCCACGGGCAGCAACACAAGCGGCGUCAGCAGCAACAGUAGCAAUGCGCCAGCCAGCAGUAGUGGCAACAAUGCCAGUGGCGGCGGUGAUGGCAGCAGCAGUGCUGGUGGUGGAAGUGCUGGUGGCGGCGGUGCUGGUGGUGGCGGCGGCGGCAGCAGCGGCAGCGGUGGUGUGCAUAUGAAGGAACAGCUCAUAUAUCUCAGUAAAUUGUUGGAUUUCGAGGUCAACUUUUCGGACUAUCCCAAGGGUAAUCACAAUGAGUUUCUGACGAUAGUCACGCUCUCCACAACACCGCCGCAGAUCUGUCAUGGCGUUGGCAAAAGCUGUGAGGAGUCGCAAAAUGCCGCGGCGCGCAAUGCUCUAAAAAUUUUAAGCGAACUGGGCCUAAACAAUGCCAAGAAAUAAUAAGCCAAACUAAUUAACUGCAAUUUAUAUAUAUUUUUUUGUUGUUGUGCAUUGCAAAAGUAAAUGAAAAAGCAAAAAACACCCGUCCACAAAUCAAACUAAAGAAAAAAGGAGAAAGAAAGAAAACUAGAAGCUGUGUGCAAAUUGAAAGUAUGCAAGAAACAAUGCAAGAAACAGUAAUUUUUGAAAUAGCAAAUUAUUAGUUAAUACCUAUUUAUUUAUUUAUGUGCAAGUGUGCGCAAUAUGCAUUGUUGAUUUGCAUUUUUGUGUUAACUGCUGUUAUUAUUUUAAUUAAUUUGUUGUUGAAAUUGAUAAUUGAAAUGAAUUGAACAGAGCCCAGAGCCAAGUCAACUAAAACAAAGAUAUAAACAUAAGCAAAAGAAUAACUUAAUAGCCUUAUGGUAGCAAGCGAAAAGUUGAAAAAUGUUGCAGCAUGUUGCACACAUUCUACACAAACACAUACUAUGUUCAUAUAUAUAUAUAUAUAUAUAUAUAUAUAUAGAUAAAUAUAAAUAUAUAUGUCUAUGUAUAUUGAGAUCGAGCACUCAUUAGGCACUUAAAUUAAAUUGAUGAACAAAUUGUAAACAUAUAACUAAUAAUAUUUAUUAGCUGCAUGCGGCUGCCAAGACGCUUAUGCAACGCUUUCAAAAAAUAAAUACAAAAAUUUGUCUGCCACAUGUUGCAUUUGCCUCACAAAUGUGAAAUUAGAACACAACUAAAUUAAAGCCUGCACACGCUUGUGAAAUUUUUAAUUUAUUUUUUCAAAGCCAUGAAAGCCAAUCAACGGAGCAUAAGAACUGCUGCUGCUGCUUGUGGUCAAAUGUAUGAUGGAACUCGUCGAAUAAUGAAUCUAUAUUAUAAUACUAUAAUUAAUAUAUCUAUUAAUAAGCAACAAUAAUUACAACGAUCAAGCAACAAAUUGUGUGCAGCUAAACAAAUUUUCAGCCAACAUUUCCAUUCGCAUAUUGUGCAAUUGCAAAGUGAAUGUUUGAAAUUUGUUGUAGCCCCAACGACUCCAGCUGCCACAAUUUGUGGCAAGUGUAUUUGCUUUGAAUUGUGGCAAGUGGCCAGUUGGGUCGCAUAUCAAUCGGCUUGUGGGUUAUAAUGAAGAAAAUACAAUUUACAUAAUCGUUAAUUAUUAUAUUUAAAUGUUUAAAAACCAUUUUGUAAAUGUUCAGUUUUUUGGCAUACACCCCCAACUAAAAAACUGAGCAUCUUUAUGAAUAACGUGUUGUUUAAAUUCCACUCCCAGUUUGAUUUUUGAUAAUCUAUGUUUUAUUACACACACACAUACACACUCAGAAAUCUUUACUU